AUGGACUACGCCUACCUCAACCAGGCGGCGGCCGCGGGCUUCGAGGCCUCGUCCUGCAGCCUCGGAGGCAGCUUGGGCGGCUCCAUGGACGGCGCCCACGCCCCUUACACCUACGGCGACCUCACCUCCUGCUCGCAGAUGCCCUCGGCGUACCGCUACACGGGCUCGGGCGUCAGGGGCUACAAUGCAGGCGUGGGCGUGGGCGUGGGGUCCCAGCAGUGCGGCGUGAUGGGGCGGCCCCAGGACCACCGCGCCAUGUUCCCCGCUUCCGUCACGCCGGUUAACCUCCAAACCGGCCUAGGAUACAAGAUGUACGGCGGGCACGAGGGCGUCCUUUCGGAGAAGAGGAAGCAGCGCAGGAUAAGGACCACCUUCACGUCCGCGCAACUGAAGGAGCUCGAGAGGGCGUUUCAGGAAACACACUAUCCUGAUAUCUACACGCGGGAAGAAAUUGCUAUGAAGAUUGACCUGACGGAGGCGCGUGUGCAGGUGUGGUUUCAAAAUAGACGAGCAAAGUUUCGCAAGCAGGAGCGACUGGCACAGCAGAAGAGCGAACCCAAGACCAGCGGGAACAGCAGUGGAGGCGGAGGUGGAGGCGCGGGUGGAAGCUCAGCCUCCAACAAGGACCUCCACCACGGCGUCUCGUCCAUGCCCCCCGCCUCCACCUCCUCGCCCUCCAACACAGCCUCCAACACCGCCCCCGCCACCACCACCCUCCACCAUCUGGACCACAAGCCCGUUGGGCUGGAUUCUGAACCCGUGUCUGGUUACACUUGA